AUGGUGGGUAAAAAACGGAUGCGUCAGUCGAAGGAAAAAGAGAAGGAAGAACACAACAGUACGGGUAACAAUGAGCUGACCUGGGAAUGCACGGCUUGUACUUUUCGCAACCGAUUCGAAGCUUUUAAGUGCGACAUGUGCGGAACGAGGUAAAAUCAAAAAAUGUUAAAAGCUUUUUUUUGUUCUUUCAUAUAUAAACAUUUUUUUCUUCGAGCGUAUCAAUUUAGAAAAGGGACAUCAACGAGAAAGCCAAGACAAGACGACGUAGUGGAAAUGCAGAAGACGGUGCACGAUCUCGUUGUGCGGCAAAUGGAGAAAGACAAAACUACGAUGUGAGUGCAUUUCUUUUUUGUAGUCCCGGAUUAUGCUCGUGAUAACGCACUUCGCUAUAACCAAUUUUGUUUCACGGUGAGUGUUCCUUCACUUGCUACCUUGAAAUCAAAGUCUGGUAAAAAGUUUUUUGCUGGUUUUUUGAAAGAUGAGAGCGUCAUGAACUGAGGAAAAUAAUUGAAUACCAUUUCGUUAUUAAUUCUAUCAUGUUUUUUGGCUAAUUAUUUGUACAGUAAAUGUGCAAAGAGUCUUGAUUUUCCUUUUUAAAAAACAUUCUUUUUUUGCCAUAUUUAAUCCUAUUUUCUAUUAUUCAUGGAUGAUAUUCCUGUUAUUAUUUUGAGUGAGCAGCUAAGAUCUUUAUUGAUUUACAAAAACAUUUAUUCCGUAUAAAAAGUAAGUUUUUAUUUGUUUCACCUUCUAGUAACGCUGUGGAGCUAUGAAAAUAUUAAAAAUCUUUGACUCUUGAGCAAAAAGAUCAGUGCGCAAAUAAGUUGAUGAGUUUUCUAGCUAGACUGAAAAAUAAAAAAAUUGAAAUGAAAAUAUUUUUUUGAUUAGAAACGAGCGAGAAAAAAAGUUUUUCUCCAUUAUCUUUAUUGAUGCUCGAGUUGGUGGAAAAAAACACUUGUGAGUUAAUAAAAUAUUUAUGCAAUAAAUAUUUUUUUAAGAUAACUUGAAAGUAAUUUGAGAUAUUAUUUGAGAAGUAUUGGCACGAUCAGAUUAUUGGUAGGCAAGAAAAAAAGCUUUUUUUAUGGCAGAAAAAAAAGCGGUACAAGUGAAUUGAAAAGAAACGCGAGUAAAACAAAAAAAGCUUGAUAUAAAUAUUUUUAUCUGCAAAAAGCAUCAAAGUUCAACAAACCUUUCAAUCAAUUCAUGUGUAUUAGUUGAAAACUCCAAGUGUACCAGAAAAGUGCUUCUUAUUAAAAAUACUGCAAAUUGCAUCUCGUGACAAUUAACUAAUCUUGUAUCUUUUCAACCGAAGAAUGAUUAAUUAGAGAUCCGGCCAGUUAAUGAACUUCCAAGAAUAAUGGAUUGUACACGGACACUUUUACUCUAAAACUCUAAAACUUCACUAAAGCAGGAAAAAUAUUAAUUUUGAGAGAUGCGCAGUUGGUUUCCUUAUAAGUGAUCCUUUUUCAAAAUUCAGAAAUGGGUAUUGAAGUUUUCAAGCCUCUUUGUAGUUUAUGAUAAUCGACAAGCUGGCGUUUUCUAAAAAUAACCAAAAAAGUUCAAAAUCAUUGAGGAAACGAUGAAUAACUAGGUGAAUUGUGAAACUUGAAAGUGGCGGAUUGUAAAAUUCCGACAAAUGUCCAUUUUGAUGUUAAAAAAAUCAUCAGAAUAUGAGAAAAAAAUAAAUUUAUGAAACUUUUCUCAGCAAAAAUUUCGAAGUGUCUCACGCUUAUUUCAUUUCAUUUUUUUCACUUCUGUCCAAAAAGGCAGCUAUCUUGUGAAUUUUUUUGGACACUUUCCCAUGACCAGAAGAGUUUGAAUAUUAAUAGUUUCCCUUGAUAUCCAAAUGUGUAUAGUUCUUUUCGUCUACAAGGUCUGCUUACAUACGAUUUUCCCUCAAACAGUCUUUUCGCCCUUCGAUCGCCGUGAAACAAAUAUUUUUACCUGUUCUGCGCGGUAGCCAGACAUUGUGACACAUUUCGUUUGAAAGGCCAGAUGAACGAAGUGAUAACAAAAAAUGCCCUCCUCUGAGAAGAAGUCAUUGUAAUGUUCGAUUGGCGUCCUUACAAAAAGUUUCUUUCGGUUUCCAAAGGUUUUUUUUUGAUGAGUUCCUUUUACCCCAUUACUAACUUGAAGCAGCCUGAAUACGGUUCCCUCUAAAUUUCCAUUUUUUUUUCACUUGCGCGCUUUUUUCCUGUUUCAUUCGGCUUUUCUCUGAGAGAAAAGAGGCGCAGAAAAGUCAGACUUUUUCAAGAAAUUACAGAUGGGCACAAUUUUAUAAAUAAUUCCAAAGCCAAAAGUUUUCACAUCGUUCAUUUGUUUAUUUCAUUUGAAUAUUGAACGUGAGCAAAUGGAAAAAUUUUCAAAAGAAAAACAUGUUUUUGACGUUUGACGUCAAACUUGAACAAUUAGCACCUGAGAAUUAUCAUCUUCUUCCUAAUUAGUACUCUCUUUCGCUCCGAGGUACCCCAUUUCUCAUGUUUUUAGUCUUCGUGUUAACACACUUUCUUUCAACUUUUGAAUAACCAAAGCGAGAAAAAGAAGUUUAGAAUACUUACGCUUGUAUUUGCACUGAAAAAAGCUUCAUUCAGAUUACAUUACGGUGACUCAUAAUAGUUGUGUGGUUUUUUUCUUGUGUCUUGCAAAAUCUGUUUCCAUUCCAUUACAAACGAUCCUCAACUCGAUACUCCGCACCUUUCAUUUAAUUUCACUCCAGAUACAGCCGAAAACGUGACCGGUCGAUGAUGUUGGCUGCGUCGGCGACCCCGGGAACCAAUCAGGCGCCGUCAGUCAAGCAGCCGCCCAAUAACGUCGAUUCUCCAUCGACGUCUCGUCAAUCGCCUGAUGCCGAGUCCAUUUCCGGUGGAUCCGUGACUCGCAGUACGAACAGCAGCAAACGAUCCGCCCGGUGGAUUCCCAUACCCGAUGAACUCAUUUUUCGGUUAGUUUUAGUUUUCUCAACUGUUCAGCGCACACUAUGCAGUCAGAAGGUCUACUUUUUCUUUGGCUUUCCAAAAAAAUAAAAAAAGUCAAGGUCCUUAACAAGUUAGGAUUUUCGGUGGCUGAUUGAACUUUGAAUUAAGUUUGACUAAAUUUAACUGAAUAAAUUUUUUUAAAAAAAUAUUUUUUUGUGCAAACAACAAACAGUUCUAUCUCAUUUUUUGUAAAUUUGGCAAUUUUAAGGGUUUUCCCUUCAUCAAGCUGUUAAUCAAACUAUCCAAAAAGUAAAAUAAAACUUGAUAAAUCUCUUGAAAACUAAAAAAGUGGCCUUCAGACUUAUUUUUUCAGUAGUUUAUUGGGGAAAACUCGUACCACCCGUCCCUAUAGUUUUUCUUUCUUGGUCAUCCUUCGCUAUAUAAAAUAUUCCAACCUUCUCUCGAGCUUCAAGUAACCAAUAUUUCAAAAUUGUGACCAACAAAUCAUUCAAAAAAAGAAUUUGACUUCUGAGUCUCAUAUAUGGAACUUUACGGCCUAUGAAUACGAGGCCGUCGCUGUUACGACCCUCAAACAUGCAUUUUUCGUGGAGACGCAGAAGCAUUAAGUAUGGGUUGAGUAAGUAACCUUUGAAGCUGCAGAAGUCCUGAUUACCUAAAAUGAGUGACGUUUCAAAAAUCUUUUUUGUUUGUCCUUUUUUUAAAGUUAUCCAAUAUUUUAUCAGAUGCAACUUUUAAAAGCCAUUAUUGAGUUUACUUUUUUUAUAAGUCGGUCUAAUUUCGAUAUUUCUAUUUUAGUCAUACAAAAAAACUUUUUCAAUUAACUUGCCAAAUCUUCUGGUCGCACGUUUGAAAAUUCAAAAAAUCUUCCUAUGAAGGACUCACAAAACUCGUUUUGAAAUCGGUAAAAUUUUCUCGGUGACCGCUGCGUAUUGCGCCAUUUUCCGUGUUUUCAAUGUGAUUUGAGCCGCUUGUAAAAAAAAAACUCAGCAAUUUUCAGAACUUCUCCCAAGAAAAUCACCGUCGAAGCGAAUGGAGUUUGGGCAACGAUCACCGAGUUCAGAAGGAAGCCGGCGUCAAGUAGUCGCGUCUCGGUUCCGAUUCCUGGAGACCUUCGUCCGGUCUCUUCAAACCUAGUAAUAUGA